CUUGGAAAGGAGUGGCGAAGACCUGGCGGUCUUGACGGCUGGCUUGGCCGCAGCUCGCACGCUCUGUCCCCGGAGCUCAUCCCGACGCGCGGUUUCUCCAAACCGGCCCGGAACGCUUUCCAUCGCAGCUGAAUUUGAGAGAUCAUCUCCGUGUCACUUCCGCCAGCAAGCCACCUGUCCUCUAUCAGACAGGACACAUGGGCCACGAGGUCACCUGCCCGUGGAGGGGUCCCCUGUCUCGCCUCCAGAUGAGGACCUGGAUCGAGCCGGUGGUGGCCUCGACUCAGAUGGCCGCCUCCCUCUAUGACGCAGGGCUGCUCCUGGUGGUGAAGAAGUCCUUCGGGGCCGGGAACUCCUCCAACCACAGCACCACCCCGUCUCCCCGCGGGGCUCAAGAGGACCAACAGCAGAAAGCCAUCUCCAAUUUCUACAUCAUCUACAACCUCGUGGUGGGUCUGACGCCCUUGCUGUCUGCCUAUGGGCUGGGCUGGCUCAGUGACCGCUACCACCGCAAGAUCUCCAUCACCGCGUCUCUGCUGGGCUUCCUGCUGUCCCGCCUCGGGCUGCUCCUCAAGGUGCUGCUGGACUGGCCUGUGGAGGUACUGUACGGAGCUGCGGCGCUAAACGGACUGGGCGGCGGCUUCUCAGCCUACUGGUCGGGGGUCAUGGCUCUGGGAUCCCUGGGCUCCUCUGAGGGCCGCCGCUCCUUGCGCCUCAUCCUUCUCGACCUGAUCCUGGGCUUGGCAGGGUUCUGCGGCAGCAUGGCCUCGGGACAUCUCUUCAAGAAGAUGGUUGGACACUCCGCGCAGGGCCUGGUGCUGACUGCCUGCAGCGUGUCCUUUGCUUUUUUAGCCUUCUUCUACAGCGUCUUGGUGCUGCAGGUCCCCAAGCCUGUGGCCAAGCCCAGCAAGACGCUCCCCAGCCUGGAUACUGUGUCUGGCACAGUGGGCACCUAUCGCACACUGGAUCCUGACCAGCUGGAUAAGCAGAGUGUAGUAGGGCACCCUCCAUCUCCAGGAAAACCAGAGCCCCCCAAAAGUAUCAUUGCCCUGCUCUUUGUGGGUGCCAUCAUGUAUGACCUGGCAGUGGUCGGCACAGUGGAUGUGAUGGGUCUUUUUGUGUUGAGGGAGCCUCUGAGUUGGAACCAAGUGCAGGUGGGCUAUGGUAUGGCUUCCGGGUACACCAUCUUCAUCACCAGCUUCCUGGGUGUCCUGGUCUUCUCCCGCUACUUCCAGGACACUACCAUGAUCAUGAUUGGCAUGGUCUCCUUUGGGUCAGGAUCCCUUCUCCUGGCCUUUGUGAAAGAGACAUACAUGUUCUACAUUGCACGAGUAGUCAUGCUGUUUGCGCUCAUCCCCAUCACGACCAUCCGCUCAGCCAUGUCCAAGCUCAUCAAGGACUCCUCUUAUGGAAAGGUGUUCGUCAUACUCCAGCUGUCCUUGGCUCUGACUGGAGUGGUGACAUCCACUGUGUAUAACAAGAUUUAUCAGCUCACCAUGGACAAGUUUGUCGGCACCUGCUUUGCUCUCUCCUCCUUCAUAUCCUUCUUGGCCAUGGUCCCAAUUGGCAUUGUGGCCUGUAAACAAGUCCCAGGCUUGCAACGUGAAGACAGGACAGAGAAAUGAAGGUGCAGAUCUGCAGGAGUUAAAAUCACCAGCAGUAGCUGGCUCUCUCAGAAGACAAGGAAGGAACCAGAGAGCCAGUGACCAAAACAACUAUGAAACAAGAAACCUAAGUUCCAACCAAAGUCAGCCUGCAAGUAGCUCUGGUUCAAGGGUGCCAGGUGGUCGGAAAGCACUUUCUGGGUGAUAGAAGAACUUUCUCACUUUCAUAUGCCCCUAUUAGGCAGGGGCUAGGUUCAGAGGCUGCAGACUGCCAUCCCAAGCCCUAAACGGGGCUUGGGCUCCAGCUGCCACCAGCCAGCCCUGUUUCUUCCAGGUACUGUUUGGAUGGCUCUUACACAGGACUAAUUGGUCACCUGGGUGCUGUGCUAAAGUCCCACGGGGAUACAAAUGAGGCCUGCAUUUUCAACAGCCUGAAGGAAAGGGAUGUUUUAUAAGAACAGCCAGUAGUUUGGGAUGAACAAUACCUUUCAAAUUAAAAAUAAAACCUUGAGAAAAAAAAAAAGUCAGCCUUCUUUCCUGGGCCCUCAUUAGCUAUGGAAA